UCACCUGAUUAUUAUUACUACUAUCUUUUCUUUUAUUAUAUCUGAAUCUCUCUAUCACUUUCUGCAAUUAUUUUUCUUUGUAAUCUUUAGGGUUUUCAGCUUCAAUCUUUUGGAUCCAUCAAUUUCCUUGUCUCAGUACUGAAUUCUUCGAGUGUUGUUUCAUUUCUUAGUAAUUUCAAUUUUUUCUUUGUUAAUCGGGGCGAUAAAGAGCUGAAUCUCAGUGAAUUCUGGCAGGAAACGCAUUUGUUUAAUUCUUCCGUGAAUACAAGGUGUUUGAUAAAUUUCCUCAGAGAGAGAAUCGCAGAUUUUUAAGGGGGAAUGGGAAUUUGUUACUCUUCAAGUAAAAGCAAGAGCGAUGAUGGGUUGUGGGAUGGUAAGAAUGACAGCAGAAGGUUUGAUUCCAAGUUGAAGAAGAACAGUUACAGUGGCGAUUUCAGCUCAUUUUUGAGCAAGUUAAGUGGUGUUGGUGGAGGAGGGGGUGAGGACAAGGGGCUGCAUCAUAUUCCCGGAAGGAUUUUGGGGAAUGGAGCCUCCUCCCGUGCUUGCCUACACACUCAGCAAGGGAAAAAAGGAACGAAUCAAGAUGCCAUGAUCGUUUGGGAGAAUUUUUGCUCGCGAAGUGAUACAAUAUUUUGCGGAGUAUUUGAUGGACACGGUCCCUAUGGCCACAUGGUGGCAAGGAAAGUUCGAGAUACUCUUCCGUUUCUCCUGUGUUCAGAGUGGCAAGUUAAAUCCAGUGGUGAUCAAAGUAAUACUUCUGAGAACGGAAAUACCAAUGGAGGUUCACAUCUUGAUGAUGUCUUGGAUGAUGAUUUGAUUGAAGCUAUGGAAGCUGAGAGCAACGAAAAGUUCCCAGAAAUACAUCUUCCCCUUAAAAGAUCAAUGUUAAAAGCUUUCCGGUCGAUGGAUAAAGAACUCAAGUUGCACCCUACUAUUGAUUGUUUCUGUAGUGGAUCAACUGCUGUUUCCUUGGUGAUGCAGGGCCAGGAUAUAAUAGUUGGUAAUGUUGGUGACUCAAGAGCAGUAUUGGCAACUAGAGAUAAAGACAACUAUUUAAUGGCUGUACAGUUGACAGUAGAUUUGAAGCCUAAUCUUCCAAAAGAAGCUGCUAGAAUACAUAAAUACAAAGGCAGGGUUUUUGCAUUGCAAGAUGAGCCAGAGGUUGCACGUGUAUGGUUGCCGAACAGCGACUCUCCUGGCUUGGCAAUGGCCAGAGCAUUUGGUGAUUUUUGUCUCAAAGAUUUUGGGUUAAUUUCUGUCCCUGAUGUGUAUUACCACCGCAUUACUGAUAGGAAUGAAUUUGUUGUUCUAGCAACUGAUGGGGUUUGGGAUGUCCUUUCUAAUAAGGAAGCCGUGGAUAUUGUGGCCUCAGCCCCAAGUCGCGCUACAGCUGCCCGAGCUCUUGUUGACUGCGCGACAAGAGCUUGGAGGCUGAAGUACCCGACAUCAAAGACUGAUGACUGUGCUGUAGUAUGCCUUUUCCUGGACCGUGUACCUGCACCUGAUUCUGUAGUCACAGCGACGCAACAUGAUUUGACAAAGGCUCCUGAAGUGGAAAUUAAAACAAUUAUUACUGAUGGCAACCUUGAAAAUGCAGAUAGGAAUGCUUCUCAUAUUGCAGUUCGUGAACAUUCAGUUACUACAAAAGAUGCCAGUGAGAUAGUCCCUGUUGACGAGUCAAUAGAAGAACAGCUAGCGGAUAAGGGUCUUGGACAUUCUACGAGAAGCCUAGCCGAGUGCCUUUCAACUGCAGAAGAUCAGGAAUGGUCAGCCCUCGAGGGAGUUACCAGGGUUAAUAGCCUUCUUAGUCUACCUAGAUUCAUGUCUGGUGACAAAAAGUCAGCCAGUCGGAGGAAAUGGUUGUAAGACAUCAAGGCAUGAUACCUCAAGGGCCAAGGCUAAUGUAAGUGAUUUGUAUUAGUGCCUUCUGCAUAUAUGAUGCUGUUCUUCUCAAAGAUUCUGUAAAUCAAAACACGGUAGUAUAAAAGACUAAAUGCUAGAUAAUUGCCUGGAAUGUAAAACAGCCUCUGUGCUUGAUGACUAUCCAAAUUGGCAAUGUUUUUUGGUAGAAUAUUUAUAAUUGAUGAUCACAUCUGAGUACGACGCGAGGCCUCAGACAGAAAUAGUAACACUUUUUUGUGCUGUGUAAUAUUUUACUUUCAUGUCCAACAUGGGAUCCCCUCUGGUGCACUUUAGAUGGGUGGUUGUUUUGGUCAUUUUUUGAAUAUUGCUGAACAAUGAAGUUUUAUGUUUUAACUUUAAGCUAAGUUCUAUUGCACUCCA